CGCUCCUGCUAGUAACCUCGGCCUCCUGUGAACAAGAACUGGGGCGCCAUGAACCAAGCAAAGCGAAGCAUGCUGCGACGACCACGGGCGUUCGACGAUGCCACGUACGUGAUAUCCGGAGACGAUUUUUCCGCGCAGCCAGGGCCGAGCUAUUAUAACCCAUUCUUCGAGGGGAGUCAAGGCUUUGACUUGACUGUGCCCUUUGAUGGACAGCACGUGCCGCAGCCUUACCACCAAGACGCGGACCCUUACGUCAUAGAGGCUGCUUGGCUGACUGCACAGAGAGAUAUACCUACCAGCGGCAAAGGAAUGCGCACUACGAUGACGAAGCUAAUCCACGCUUCGCAGUCACGGCAAAGCGAUCAGGUUGAAGCGGGAUCGAGCAGCUCCGCCACGUCUUCGGCGUGGACCAGCACUGUGCCGAACCAAGGUUGCGCAGAUCCUUCGACUAGCAGUACGACAACGAGCAACACAACAAGCAGCGGUGGCGGCACUAGUAGUAGCUACUAUACAGGACGCAGCGAGCCCGGCCCCAUGUACAGCGAGGCCAGCUACGACUCUGGCUGCAGGCGCCACAUCCACGCCCAUCGAAGCCUUCGUUCUCUACCCACCAAGCACCAAGAGCAUCAAAUGUACUGGGGGCCUUGCGUGCCCUUUGUCGUAACGGCUUUAAUGGUAGCGUUUCUGGUGCUCAUUUCCUUAGUCGCGAUGCCAUGGACCAGCCGUAUGAUUGCUUCGGUUUCCGCCGGCAGUUACUUCAGCGCCCACCACAAUCCCCAGAAAGCGAUGUCUCCUGUGCCCGGAGCAACUGCCCAGACACUGGUGCAGUCGAAAAUUUUGACUAAGGCCGGAAGUACGAACUUGCACGGGGUGGAGUCGACCAACAUCAUUAACGCCCGAAGCGACCCUAGCAAGACCGCGAACCCCACACCUGCGACCAAGCCCAAGGUUCUCAGACUAGCCAGGACCCAGGGUACCUGGCAGGGCAAGACAACAAAACCUGCAACUGUUCUCAAGACUCCGGCGGGCGAGUAUGACGACGCCGAGGCCGGCAAGAGCGAAGAGUACUUCUUAGCUUUUCCUUUCCAGUACCCGAAGCGUCCCAUGUGUGGUGACGUGUUCUACACAGUCUGCCAGCCGAGCUCCCAACGCGAAUUCCACUACCGUCGCUCGGGGAACGCUUGCGUCGAGACGGCUGCCGACGCCGUGCACACGUGCAACCGAGGCGCCAACAGGUUCGCCUCGCUGACCCACUGCCGCCAAAGCUGCACCCAAGCGGGGCGGCGGCCUGCCGGCGAAUGCUUCGGCAAGCCGCUAUUCACCAACUGUGCCAGGCAAGACGUGCUGUCCAGCUGGUGGUUCUUUGAGGGCCGCAAGUGCGUCCCCUGGAACUUCCCGUCGGGCGGAUGUCCCGCCAACGACAGCGCCGUCUUCCACACGGCCCAAGAAUGCAGGAAGCAGUGCAUGCCAGGAGGGCUCGGGGGUUCCCCGUGCCGCCCACCCAGAACGGUCACCUGCGAGAGCCAGCACCUCAAGUACCCGUUCUUUGCGGACCUGUCCAUGAGGGACGGCCACAUGCGGUGCCUGCGUUCAUCGCCCUAUGUGCUGCGAGGCCGCCGGUGCCUGACCGGUUCGAACCGGUUCCGCACCUUCGAAGCAUGCAAGCGCACGUGUAAGGAGACUGGAACGACCUGAACCGUGUGAUUCUGCUAUGCAGAUUAUUAUAUAGUCGAAUUUUCUGUGUAAUAUAGCUUCUUUUACGAUGCUCACGUUCUGACGCGAGCUGCAGGAAAAUAAGUAUCUUUGUUUUUGUUUCUUGUAUUCUGUUACCUUUUAUGCCUUCAAUAUUUUAUUCUUUCAUAUUUUAGACGGGGUGAAGUGCAGAAAUUAGUUUAGUACUCGAGCGGUCGUCAGCACCGGGUAUGUCUAUCCUUCCCAACGUAAUAUAAACAGAAACCAUAGGAUGUAGCAGCCUAUACAGAAUGCUACAUUUACAAUGUAGGCUCCCAGGUUUAAGAAAUACGGGCUCGAAGUCUGGGACUCAGCUCUCACCGGUGGCGCAUUCAUUCCUUUUACGUAUUCCCUUUCCUGGUGCCCUGGUUAUAAACGAUUAA